AUGCUUAAUAAACAAAAGUUAAAAGCCGAUUCUAGCGCGAGGAUAAGGAUUUUUGAAGCGGUAGCCCGCUCGACCGGGAAAUAUAUUAGCUCUUAUUUCGUUAUUUAUUCAGGUAUAUUCUACCAGUGUCAAGAUAUUUACUUUAGUCUAAAACAAGUAGCAUUUAACAUUAUAAAAAUACACAAUAGCCUAAUAGCUAGUUUCAAACAUAUCAAGAUAGUAGGGCUGAGGCCGCUCUUUAAAAUAUAUAAAGUUUAUUUCCAUGUAGAGAGCCACGAUAACAUUAUUCUAAAAGAUUUAAAUGAACUUCAAUAUGCUAAUAUAAAUUAUAUAGAACUCUACAGAGACAUAAUUACAAUCUGGAUAGAUAGUCUAUAA